UAAAAGAAAAAAGACCAAGCCUAAGGCUUUUCUUCUUUCUUUCUUCCCACCCCUCUCCUCUUUCUUAACUUUCCUCUCAUCUAAUCCAAUCAACCCCGUGACUUGACUUCACCUGUCCUCGUGGCCGGGGAGCUCCGCAUACAGAAGAACGUGCGAUUGCGCUUCAAUCUCUCAAGAAAGAAGAAGAAGAAGAAGAAAAGAAGAGGAAGGAAAGGCACUGAUCAAUCAAUCAAUCAACUGCCAAAACAACCAUCGCAUCAACCAAUUGAACCCCAAUUCUACUUGACCCGACGAAAGAGAGAGAAAGAGAGAGUCGAAAACACCAUGCCCCCCAAAACCGGCGUCCGCGUCGCACGACCAAGCUCAUCCUCAGCACAAGCACAAGCACAAUCCACAACAGCCGGACCAUCACGAUCAACCGCUCUAAAACCCACACGAGGCGGCGCGCGCAAAUCCACCACUGGUGGGAAACGACCAGCUGGCUCUUCUAUUUCUGCCAGAACAUCAGAUGUACAACCCGGCGACCCAGCCCCCACCGGUCGUCGUCGCCGCUACAGACCCGGCACUGGCGCUCUAAAAGAAAUCCGGCGUUACCAACGCUCCUACGAUCUACUCCUUCUCAAACUCCCCUUUGCUCGACUUGUUCGCGAAGUCGCCCUCGAUCUACUCCCCGCUGACGUGGGCCCAGAGCUCCGAUGGCAAUCGCACGCUAUUCAGGCCCUGCAGGAAGCAGCGGAAGCGUUCCUGGUGCAUUUGUUCGAGGAUACGAAUCUGUGCGCUAUCCAUGCGAAGAGGGUUACGAUCAUGCAGAAGGAUAUUCAGCUCGCGAGGCGGAUACGUGGUGUUUGGGGUGGGCUUGGUUGAGAUUGGGGUGGUGAAGAAAUAGAAAAGAAAGAAGGAGAGACGGCCAGCCAUUCUUGUUCUUUUCUUUCCUUUUUUUUAUAUCGUUUUGUACAAGUGUGAGAGAGGGCUUUUAUCUUGGUGUUUUCAGGGAGCGGGGAGCGAAGGUCUGGUGUUUCUGGCGUUUUGAAAGGGCUUGUCCC